GCGCUUCCAUUAGCGAACGCCAUCAGGCAGCCGCAACCAUUUUGUUUCGCCCAAGAAGCCCUUAAGAUGGCGGCGGGGGAGACGGUGAAGGUUGUACCCUGCCUCUCCGGGCUCUAGCCCGCCUUUCCCCGCUCCCCGGAGGCCAGCCAAUGGCCUGGCAGAGGCUCGAACCAUGGACCUCCGCACCGCCGUGUACAACGCCGCCCGCGACGGCAAGCUUCAGCUGCUUCAAAAGCUGCUCAGCGGUCGGAGCCAGGAGGAGCUGGAUGAGCUGACGGGCGAAGUGGCCGGUGAGGGGACGCCGCUGCUCAUUGCAGCCCGCUACGGCCAUCUGGACGUGGUCGAGUAUCUAGUGGACCGGUGCGGCGCGAGCGUGGAGGCGGGCGGCUCGGUGCAUUUCGAUGGCGAGACCAUCGAGGGCGCGCCGCCUCUGUGGGCCGCCUCGGCCGCUGGACACCUGGACGUGGUACAGAGCCUGCUGCGCCGCGGGGCCUCGGUGAACCGCACCACGCGUACCAACUCCACGCCCCUGCGCGCCGCUUGCUUCGAUGGGCAUCUGGAAGUGGUACGCUACCUGGUGGGUGAGCACCAAGCCGACCUGGAAGUGGCCAACCGGCAUGGGCACACGUGCCUCAUGAUCUCCUGCUACAAGGGGCACCGUGAGAUCGCCCGCUACCUGCUGGAGCAGGGCGCCCAGGUGAACCGUCGCAGCGCCAAGGGUAAUACGGCCCUGCACGACUGCGCGGAGUCCGGCAGCCUGGAGAUCCUGCAGCUGCUGCUCGGAUGCAAUGCCCGCAUGGAACGCGAUGGCUACGGCAUGACCCCGUUGCUGGCGGCCAGCGUGACCGGCCACACCAACAUCGUGGAGUACCUUAUCCAGGAGCAGCCUGCUGGGAAGGAAGUGCAGCCAGGGCUGGCCCCAAAAGGUCCCUCCACCAGUCCGGGAUGCGUGAUGUCCCAGGGGGCCAGCUGUUGCAGUUCCUCCCCAGAGGAACCCCUUAGUGAAUCUUAUGAGAGCUGCUGCCCUACCAGCCGGGAAGCUGCAGUGGAAGCCUUGGAGUUGCUGGGAGCCACGUAUGUGGAUAAGAAGCGUGAUCUGCUUGGGGCCCUGAAACACUGGAGACGGGCUAUGGAGUUGCGUCACCAGGGGGGCGCAUAUCUGCCCAAACCAGAGCCCCCGCAGCUGGUCUUGGCCUAUGACUAUUCCAGGGAGGUAAACACUGCCGAGGAAUUGGAAGCCCUUAUAACCGACCCCGAUGAGAUGCGCAUGCAGGCCCUGUUGAUCCGAGAGCGCAUCCUUGGUCCCUCUCACCCAGACACUUCCUAUUACAUCCGUUACAGGGGCGCGGUAUACGCUGACUCAGGCAAUUUUGAGCGCUGUAUCCGCUUGUGGAAAUAUGCCUUAGACAUGCAACAGAACAACCUGGAGCCUCUGAGCCCCAUGACGGCCAGCAGCUUCCUCUCCUUUGCUGAACUCUUCUCUUACGUGCUUCAGGACCGCACGGCCAAGGGCAGCCUGGGCACACAAAUCGGCUUUGCAGACCUAAUGGGGGUGCUCUGUAAAGGGGUCCGGGAAGUGGAACGGGCCCUGCAAUUGCCCAAGGAGCCUGGGGACUCAGUCCAGUUCACCAAGACCCUGGCCAUCAUCCUCCACCUGCUCUAUUUGUUGGAGAAAGUGGAGUGUACUCCAGACCAGGAACAUCUGAAGCACCAGACCGUCUACCGGCUGCUGAAGUGUGCCCCCCGGGGCAAGAAUGGCUUCACCCCUUUGCACAUGGCCGUGGACAAGGACACCACGAACGUAGGCCGAUACCCAGUGGGCAGAUUCCCCUCCCUCCAGGUGGUCAAGGUACUGCUUGACUGUGGGGCUGACCCAGACAGUCGGGACUUUGACAACAACACCCCGUUGCACAUAGCGGCCCACAACAAUUGCCCGGCUAUCAUGAAUGCCCUGAUAGAAGCGGGGGCCCACAUGGACGCCACCAAUGCCUUCAAGAAAACGGCCUAUGAGCUGCUGGAUGAGAAGCUGCUGGCUAAGAGCACCAUUCAGCCCUUCAACUACAUAACCCUGCAGUGCCUUGCAGCCCGUGCUCUGGACAAGAAUAAGAUUCCCUACAAGGGCUUCAUCCCUGAAGAGCUGGAGGCGUUCAUCGAGCUGCACUGACAGGGCUCUGAGAGGGGAGAACCCAGAGAGGUGUAGCCCACGCCAGUCCUCGCCCUCUCUUGGUGAGCACUUUAGGUGUCAUGAAAUGAGUGAAGUGCUCUCCCACCUCCACAACCCUUCACCUCUGCAGAGAGUGGGGAUAGGAGUCAGCUCUUGGUGCUAGAAGCCUUCAGGAUCAUGUGCUCAGAGAACUGUCUUUCUCAGGAGCACACACCCAUCCUUAAUUGGGAGGGAAUGCACGAUCUUCCAACAUCCUAUCUGCCUGGGUCUCAGAAGAUUUUGCCUUCUUACUGAGAGGCAGAGGGAUUGAAGCCAUUGCCUUUCUCCCCUGCUAGAAACAGGAAGAAACUGAGGAUUGGGUCUUUCCUUCUUUGCCCCUUAAUGUGGCGGGAUAAACCUAGCCAUGAAAUGCAGUGUUAGGAUUAGGGGCUCCCAAGGUGGAAAGUUAGAAACUCAAGAAGCAAGACCACCUCUCACUUCUUCCAGCACAGUUGCACCCUGCUCCCUCCCCAUGUUGCCAUAGCUGGUGUGCCAGGGCAGCCUGCCACUUGCAUAGCUUUGGCUGGUUUGGUGUUCUGUUUAUUUAGUAGGUGGGCAGGCUACA